AAAGCUCGGGGAUUCCUGUGGAAAGCGCGGGGAUUCCUGUGGGAAGCCCCCGGCCUGAGUGGCCCCGUGUUGUUAGCGCCGUGUUUUCCACGGGACUUGCGGCGCCUCCGUGCCGCCGAUACUCUGGGGCCGCCGGGCGCUGCCGGGAUGGAGCGAACGCACCGGCUGGAGCUGUUCCCUGACCGCAGCGUCACGCUGCUCCUCUUCCAGCACGUGAAAAAUGCCGCUGCUCUGCGGAAAAAAGCCAUGGAAGGAUCCAUUGACGGAGCACUGAUAAACCCUGCGAUGAUUGUAGAUCCUUUUCAGAUUCUUGUGGCAGCCAACAAAGCAGUGCAUCUACAGAAGAUAGGUAAAAUGAAGACCAGAACACUCUAUGCAGAAAUUAUUUUCAGCCUUUCACCAAGCAACAAUAUUUCAGAUGCAUUUAAAAAGUUCGGCAUUUCGGACAGCGACACGGCAGUACUCAUUGUGCUGGUCAUGGAAGGAGACAAGACUGUCAAUCUGGCAGAUAUAGCAUCUCAGGUGGAAGGUCAGCAGGUUUCCCUAGAUGAACUCCCCCAGCUAACAGACACUGCCAAAGUUAAAAAGAUGUACAAAGUUACUCCACAGGAAGAAAAAAUCGGCACCUUAUUGGACAGUGUUGUUUGCAGAAUGUCAACAAAAGAUGUUUUGUGAAAAUGUGGAAAUAAAUUUCAGAGGAAGUGAGGUA